AUGCGUAAGACCUUCCCCUACAGAAAGGUCCUACCCUAUGCAACGGAAGAUUCAGAGUCCAGCCUGCGGCACUUAAAAGCUAUAGUCUCUAAUCUUUAUGCUGCAAUCAAAGGGCAGGACCUUCGAGGCGUUAUGGGACUGGGAACAGGUACUGUUGUGGUCCACUGGACCCGAGAGCUACGAAGUUGGCUCAAACUUAAACACGAAAUGCCUCUGGAGAUACGCAUCAAGCUAACAAAAUGCUACUAUUCGUUGGCGCUGGCUGCUUCGGAUACCGCCAUGUUAGAACGCUUCGUUAACAUCGUUGUUUUAUUGUGGAAAAACCGGGUGGUCAGAUCAUCUGUCGCCCCUGAUCAGGUGAACCUCGAUUGGAGGCGCCUCCUCACUGCACUCAAAAAACUCACUGCAGUUCACACAUCUCCCUGUGAUGGAAACUCUUCAACAAUGCACGGUUUUUUGGCUAGAUUAUGCUUCACUAUUCGCCCCUUGAUCCCUGCCGAGGCUGUGGAAACCCUUCUUUCAGAGAUCAUGUCUGUUCUAUCGGUUACGCAACCGUCUACGAUGAUAAGCAACCUCAAUAUUUUUGUUUUAAUGUUCCCAAAUUUUAUUUUCGUGGACCCCAUUGAUGGCUAUUCUGCCCAGGAUCUGCUCCCUACGCUCUUCCAUGUAUGGCGUCUUCUUCCGCCAGGUCUCCAUUUCGAUUCGAAAGCCAUUGAGCUCGUUUCUAUAGUUGCCCAAAGUGAGGUUUGCAGGCCAAAUAGCUCUUAUGGUCCCUAUGGUAUUUUGAACCACGAACAAAUGGCCUCAGUGUUCUCCGGAAUACUAAGGCUGCUAGAUGUCCCCGUUUCUGGUCGUUCAACAGAAAACAGGAACCGCGGAAACUCGACUGCUCGUCAUGCAGCUGCUGUCCUCGUCUCGUCUUUGUCCAGUUAUGAAGAGUCAACCCAUUCUACUCUUGAUAUGCUCGAGAGCCUGAUUCACACUGUCGAAUCUUUCACGCACCCCUCAUCCAGUGGUUCAUGGACUUUUGAUAUCAUUCGUUUAGUCAGUGAACUCGUUGAAAUGUUCACGUUGAGAUGGAAUAUCGAGGCCGAGGGGGAAUCUCAAGUCCCCAAAAGCAGGCACUUGACAAAAAAUGUAAAACACAGAUUCGUCACGUGCAUAUUAAACACGGUCUUUUAUGGUAUUUACUCCAAAUCGAAGAUGCUGUCCGCUCUGUCUGUGGUCGUGCUUCAGCAAUUGGCCUACCUAGAACCCGAUCUCAUCCUACCUCGCGUAUUAUCUUUGGCUUACAGCUCUAUCCAGGGUCUGAAUGAAACCCAUAGGCGUAUCACAUCACUUUCAACACUCACACAUACUCUUCGAAUCAUGGCAAAGCAUCCAAAGUAUGCUAUCAAUAUCACCACUCUUUUAGAGCUGGCUAUCCCUUGCAUUGAUGCUAACGAUAUGGCUAAAACAGUCCAUGCUUUGGCUCUUUUUCAAACAGCAGGCCUGUCCGUUCCUUUUGUAGAUAUCAGUGGCGAAAUUGGCAGUGAUCUUGCGUCAAACUACCUACCCGAGCUUGUAUCUCAUCUCGAGGAUACGGGUGAGCUGCUCGAACCAGACUCGGAGCUGGUAAGUGAUAUUUUAAGGUCAACCUCAUUUGCAUUCAACGAAAUUGCCUCAUCACUUUUAGAUCGCUUGUUCCUGCUCCUUGAAAAUAUGCCAGAGAACUCAUCAAAGACUAAGCAAUCACCGGAGUACAUGGUUGUACACAACCUUCCCACCACACUUAUGGCAGUCCUAAACUCUGUUUCGUUCGAAAUUUACGAGCGUUUGUUUGUGAAAGUUCUUGAAUUUGUGACUUCCCACGUUAUCCACGCUGUUACCGAUACUGUGGCGCACAUAUGUGGUGCGUUUGUGCGAGCUAACCCUAGUUAUGCUUUCCCAAAAUUAUUCGGAAUGCUGGAUACGAACAUCCGGUACGAGGUUACAGAGAAUAAAGCGGGAUGCUACAGAAACUCGAACCCUCGUGAUCGCUCGUUGAUCUGGUACCUCAGCAUCUACAAUAUGAUCCUCGCAGCCGCUGGUUCUGAGAUUUUGACUUUCAAGGAGAAACUGCUAGAUUUGACUCUGUUCCUGAGAGAUGCAACUCGUGGUCAGACUGUUUAUCACACGUCAAACACGAUUCACCAUGCCAUUGUGACUUUGAUCUCGACAUACGUUACAGACUUCAACUUUGUCGAGCCAAAUACCAAUGUUGGCGUCGAGCAUUGGGGAUACCAGCCAGAUCCACAAAAUCUCGAUAUUAAAUGGCAUGCUCCAAGUCUGCAGGAAGUGGAAUUCGCUGUUGAGUUGUACGAAAGGCACAUAAGUCUGUCUAUGACGGCUAUACGAGCUCUACUAGAACAAGACCACUCGGAUAGUGGUUUGGUGACGGACUUCAGUGAUAAGAUAUCCUACAAUUUGAUUUACAUUCGCACCAGCGUUAGCGCUAUUGCGGGGCUUAUUGAUCACUUGGCUGGUGAGCCUAUGCAGUAUGAUCUUUCUCCAGAGGAGGUUGACCCACGCAAGCUUUGGGCAGAUAGAGAGUACCCAGUCAACUACUUUUUUGAAAGCAGGGACUCUGCACUGUACAGAAAAGUUCACGAAAUACGGUUUAAUGUUGGUUCUUUUUUGAUGGAACUAUACGAUAACCUUUGGGCCAAUCACAAAAAUGAUGUCACAAGCUUUAAGGAAGUUCUCUUUGUUCUCAAAGUAUGGUUUUCAGAUGUUGGACACGAACGGAGUGCACGGAUUGACCAUCAUCACAGGUUGCUGUAUGAGUUCGAAUCCAGGUUUUUCCAAAUCCCAGGCCUCAGAAAGAAGCUUCCCCGGACCAUUUUAGCCCGGAGGGCUUUGCUUUACCACCAAGAGCGUAUUGUGCACAAUUCAUCACCCCGCUUGCCAACACAGCUCGAAAGCGAACUUUUAGAGCGGCUUGUCAAAUCUGCCUUCUCUGUUUAUCCCGAUAUACGCAGACACGCAGAAGCGGCGCUUUACGCUUCCUUGAAAGUCAUUAUUCGAGCACGUGACCUUGUUUACCCAUCAAUUUUGAAAUUGAUCAACGAGUUCCUGGAUGAAAAGGAUUUCAAAUCCGCAGAGUCUGGAUUUCGGCUGCUUAAUUACCGCACUAUGAGUAGUAUGAUGAAGCGCGAUCAACGGCUCGUGCUUUCAUGGCUUGAAACUGUUUUGAGAGCAGUUCAGGCUGAUAACCACCACUUGAAUGCCCAAGCUUUUGAAACUUUCAACAAUAGUGCUUCUGAAACCUUCCGUUUGGAUUUGGAUAUUUCCCACUUCGAUGAAAUUGCCAUUGAUUCCAUCAAACCUGAGAAUACAGACUAUCAAGCCAUGCUUUCGCAAGUAAAUUUUACCCAGAGACGCAAAAGAUCUCAGUCUGUGCUCGAGCUUGAUAAAGUUAUCUCCGUCGUCACCCUCAGGCCUUUGGACACUCUUCAUUGGCGCGCCGCUCUGGUUAGUGCUAUUGUUUUGCUUCACUUGAGCUCCUAUCCAGGGUAUUCAAACAAUCCAGACAUAAUGAGAAUAUUCAGCGAGGGCAUACUGAGCUCUCAUCCCGAUAUUCGAAGGUUAUGUUUGCACGGGUUCUCAAGAAUAUCUUUCAAUAGGUACUUCCGUCUUCUCGUGAAGGACGACGACAACUUUAUGCGCUUGGAUGCGCCACCACUGGAUCCGCUCAGCCAAAUCCUCGUUGAUCCUCCAGUUGAAUCUUCGGCGACCAUGUAUCUUGAUGUCGGUCCGCAAAAUCCUUCACAUCCUAGUCAAGCACUACCUGUUUAUGGCUGGUUAGUUUGGCCAAAUAAAGUGCCUGUUCAAGACCCAAAUAUCGUCUGCAAAACUUUGAAAGGGAUCAACUCUUUAAACAAGGAUUGGCUUGAGCUCUUUUUCAACAGACAGUGUGUGGAGCCUGGAGCCGAGGAGGACCAGUUCGAUAUUAGAGCAGCAAUCGUGUGGGGGCAGAUCAUUUCACAGUGUGAUGAUAGAACUGACUUGUCUAUCACAAGUGUCUUGGAGUUUAUUGAUUCUCUGGAGAUUGGUGACCGCAACUGGCAUCGUGCUGUAUCCGAGCUUGUUUACGGUUGUUUCCAGGCGAUGCCUUUCUUGGAGCUCAAUCAACGUCAUGAUUUACUUUCAUCGAGUGCCAACUUGAUGCGUAGAGUUCUAGACGAUCUCAGUCAUGAAAAUCUGGGUUAUUGGUUAUCCUCUUGUAAGUGGGGGUACCUUACAACUGAUCCCAAUCGCAUUGCGCCAAUCACUGAGGUUUUAUCCGCUGCACGAGUGUCUUCCUUGAGUGGGCUGAAAGAAAGCUUCAAGCUUUCAGUCCACACUUCGAUUAUUUCCACGCAAGGAUGGAACUACAAAUGCGAGCGGUCGGAUUUACUGUCUGACUUAUGGUCGAACUUGGACCACCCUCUAGAGUCAGUAAGGAGCGAGGUGUCCAGCCAGUUAGCCGUUAUUCUUGGAAGCAGAUACCAUGAAGGCUUUUCUUCUGCGAAAAAGCUGUUGGAGUCCAACCAACAGUCGGGCCCUCUUGGUGGCGCUGUGUACAGGUAUGAUGACAAUUGUGAAGCAACUCUUCGUCUACAGUUUGCUCGUUUAGAGACUCUGAGGAAGAGUGAAGGCUCGUCGAAUACUGAGUCGCCCUUCAGAGUUCUCGCCAAAGCUCUUGUUCUGCUUUUGCGGCGGUUGCUGUCCGAAUCAUCAGCCCAAGCGGUUCUCGAGCUGCUACCUGAUUUAAUCAUGCCCGCUCUAUUGUCAGUAUCAACCAUCAGAGAUGAUCCGGAUCUGGUUUCCUCCAUUACAGAUGUGUUUCAGUUGAUCUCUAUGCUUUCAUUCUCUUCAACCAUCGUUGACAAUGUUCUGGUUGUUGCAGAAUCUAUUUUGGAAAAUUCGCUUUGGCAUCAGAAAGUUCGGGUGUUACUGUUCUUCCAGGUCUUUUUCCUGCGUCAAAUGUUUAGUAUGUCUUCAGCGCAAAGAAGAAAGGUCUCCGAUAUUGUCAUCAAGGUGCUUGGAGAUUCGCAGGUGGAAGUACGCGAACUAGCUGCUGAAACUCUUAGUGGAAUUGUGCGUUGUUCGCCACCUGCCGAACAGCACGAACUUACCACAAACUGCACUAAAUCAUUCAAGAAGUCGUUGGAAACGACCAAGCGACAGCCUGACCUUGUUGCUCGCCAUGCAGCUGUGCUCGGUCUUGGAGCACUUGUAAAUGCCUACCCGUAUGCCUCACCUCCACCCAAAUGGGUGCCAUCUGUGCUGGCUACACUUGCCGUCAAAGCCUCAAGUGACGGGGGGUUGGUGGGAAAGAGUGUCAAGGCCACUUUAGGUGAUUUCAAGAAAACGCGCCAAGAUACCUGGCACAUUGAUCAGCUAGCUUUCACCGCUGAUCAGCUGGACGACUUGGAGGGCGUUUUAUGGAAGAAUUAUUUUGUAUAA